AUGUCCAGCGAAUUAAAGGAGCUGAAAUCCCAGCAACGUCAGGUUCGGAGUACCUUCGAUGGCGUAAGGCAGUUCAUCACGAAAUACAAAAGGGAUAAGCAAGAAGAGCAAAUUGAAACGAGGAUGGAAAUUCUGGAGGAGGCGAUGAAAAAGUUAUACGUUCUACGACGGAAGAUUGAGGUGCUUACCGAGGAAGCGGACGAAAGGGACCUGAUGGAUUCCAAGGCCGAGCCGGCGGAAUUGAAAGCCCGUUUGACGGCACUCGUUGAUAAGCGACAGACGGAAAACAGCGCCAUUAUUCAGCAAGCCGAAGACACGUAUUGUGAGCUGAAAGCGGCAUUGAAGCUUCUUCGACCGAAGCAAAAUCCAGAAUCAUCAUCUGGGUCAUCCAGAGCCACAAACCAAGCAGGUUGCACUGCUUUGUCUACGGUGAAGCUACCGGAGAUUCGUUUACCGAAUUUCGGUGGUAAAAUCCGAGACUGGGUCACGUUCAGAGAUAUGUUCAGAAGCUUGAUCCACAGAAAUCAACAACUUACUGACAUAGAUAAGUUCACUUAUCUGCGGUCAUCACUCGUGGGUGAGCCCCUGCAAGAAAUCGGAAUGAUUGAGAUAACGGCUGCGAAUUAUGUCAUUGCCUGGGAACUGCUGCAAAAACGGUAUGAAAACAAAAAGCUUAUUGUAAAAUCUCAUAUCGACGCUCUUUUUGCAGUAGAGCCGUUGAAACGGGAGAACUACGAAUCUCUUUGCCAUCUUAUCAGCGAGUAUGAACGUAAUCUUCAAAUGCUGGACAAAAUUGGUGAGGAUACAUCAAAAUGGAGCACGAUCCUUGUGCAUAUGGUUUGCGCCAGACUGGAUGCGGCAACACUGCGAAAUUGGGAAACGCAUCACAGUUCAACUGAAUACACCUAG